GGGGAGCUAAUCCUCACACAUUAGAUUGGAUCCUAUCUCACCCCUCCAAAAAAAAAAAACAGAGGUCAAUGCUGUGCUCAAGCUAAACUGUAAACUCUUCUCUUUCCAAUUUUUCCUCUUUUUCUGUAAAUUAAUCGAGAAAAAAAAUGGAACCAAAUCCUCUCAUGACUCCCUACAAAAUGGGCAGAUUCCAACUCUCUCACAGGGUAGUUCAUGCGCCACUGACACGGCAGAGGUCAUUUGACAACAUCCCACAACCACAUGCCAUCUUAUAUCACUCCCAGAGAGCCUCUGAAGGUGGACUUUUGAUAGCCGAAGCCACUGGGAUUUCAAACACUGCUCACGGGUACCCCAAUACCCCUGGUGUUUGGACAAAAGAGCAAGUGGAAGCGUGGAAACCUAUUGUGGACGCAGUUCAUGAGAAGGGGGGCAUUUUCUUUUGCCAGAUUUGGCAUGCGGGAAGAGUUUCUAAUUGUGAAUUUCAGCCAAAUGUCCAAGCUCCAAUCUCAAGUACGGAUAAGCCUCUGGCACCUCAGAUGAGAUCCAAUGGUGUGGAUGUUGCACUGUUCUCGCCUCCACAUCGUUUAACAACAAAAGAGAUACCUCAGAUAGUUGAUGAUUUUAGAGUUGCUGCAAGAAAUGCCAUUGAAGCAGGCUUUGAUGGAGUUGAGAUCCAUGGUGCUCAUGGGUACUUGAUCGACCAAUUCCUAAAGGACCAUGUCAAUGAUCGGACAGACAAAUAUGGUGGAACCCUGCAGAAUCGUUGUCGCUUUGCGUUAGAAGUAGUCGAAGCGGUUGUCAAUGAAAUUGGAGCUGAUAGGGUUGGAUUAAGGCUCUCUCCAUAUGCAAACUACAGUGAGUCUGGAGACUCAAACCCAGAAGCCCUCGGUCUUCACAUGGCCAACUCUUUGAACAAAUUUGGUCUCUGUUACUGCCACAUGGUGGAGCCUAGGAUGAUUAAAGUUGGAGAAAAGGUGGAGACUCCUCACUCUCUUCUUCCCAUGAGGAAAGCUUUUAAAGGGACGUUCAUGGUUGCUGGUGGCUAUGAUAGAGAAGAAGGCAAUAAGGUGAUCUCCAGUGGUUAUGCGGAUCUUGUUGCUUAUGGUCGCUGGUUUUUGGCUAAUCCCGACCUUCCCCGAAGAUUAGAGUUGAAUGCCCCUCUCAACAGGUGCAUGUUUGGACAAGAACCAGUAGGAUAUAUGACAAUAGACGAACUGCAAGCCCUUGAAAGACACCUUGAACUAUGGAUGUACAACAUUCGCUCCGCAAAGAUGCAGAUCAUGUUCGAAGAGAUCCAAUUGCUGAAAAACAAGGAGGGCAUACUGAAGGUUUCCAAUGAAAUUCUUCGAGGGAAGAUUGUAGAACAAACAGAAAUCUCUGCUGCAUAUCUAUUAAGCAUGCAGAAUGGAAUGUUCAACUUCUAGCAGCUAUAGUGUUGGUUGCUACUGGUGAUACAUUAAGUGUCAAAGAACUCUCUACUUGAAGCUUUACUUGGCUUUGGUUGCUGUGUGUGCAUUAGUUAAUAAUCCUGUGUGAAGUUGUUUUGUCUUAGUAGUACUGUAGAUAAAUCUACUAUCAGAAAUUUUGUUAGUUUGUUUUUAUUGGUGAUAUAUUAUGAACUCAUGUAUAAAUUUA